AUGUCAUACGAAGUUUUCGCACAGAAAUGGCGUCCUCAGUACUUUCGAGAUGUUGUUGGACAGGCGCACGUAACCGCCACGUUACAGAACCAAAUUCGGUCCGAACGUCUCGGUCAUGCAUAUCUAUUUUGGGGACCGCGAGGAACCGGUAAAACGACAGUAGCACGUCUCUUUGCCAAAGCUGUCAACUGCCUCAACCCCCAGCAAGAAACAGACUUAGGUCCAGUUAUUACGGGCGAACCGUGUAACGAAUGUGACGCAUGUAAAGAGAUUACACAAGGUUCAUCCUUUGAUGUCAGAGAGAUGGACGCUGCUUCGAAUCGCGGAAUUGACACCAUCCGCGAUCUACGCGAAAAUGUCAAACUCUCUCCUGCUGCCUAUAAAUAUAAGAUUUACAUCAUUGAUGAAGUCCACAUGCUCACUACGGAAGGGUUCAACGCGCUUCUCAAAACCCUUGAGGAACCGCCAUCACAUGUCAUAUUCAUCAUGGCGACUACCGAACACGCCGAAAUACCAAAGACUAUCACCUCCCGUUGUCAAGAUUUUGAUUUUAGACAUCUCAUCCCCGACCAGAUUAUUUCCCGUUUACAACUUAUAGCCGAUACCGAAAAGAUUUCAGCGGAUAGUGAAGUACUAUCGCUCAUUGCCCGUCAAUCCGAAGGAUGCCUUCGUGAUGCAGAAAAUCUCCUUGAACGGUUGGUUACAUCAACGGGGAAAGAUUUAGUGCUCGCUAAUAUUGAAGAGACACUCGGACUUGGUUCAAGUUCUCUUCUUUACGAACUUACGGAGGCAAUUGUCGGACGAAAUCUCAAUUCGGGUCUCGCUGCAUUAAACCAACUCUCUGUUCAAGGAAUGGAUUUGACACAAUGUCUUCACUAUCUCAUCACCUAUUUCCGUGACCUACGGCUACUCGCUAUUGACAACCAACUUGAUGAACUUAUCCAGAGUCCAAAUCUGAACUUUCAGCACUCAAGGAAAAAGCAGAACAAAUUCCAGUUGAUCGGUUGA